UCAGUUUCCACAAAACCGUUCUCAUGACAACAAAAACAUCUCCAUUUUCUCCAAGUCUCCAUCGGUGUUGUUGAUUGUUGUCGAUGUCUGUGGCUGGGAAACAGAUUUAGCGUUGUCGGGAUUUCCCUAGCAGUGAUGCUAGCGCCAGACUUGGCGCAUCAUCGGCGGCUGGUUCUCCAACUCUGAGAUCUGGAUAAUAAGUGAAGAAAAAAAUGAGGCUUUUGAUUUUGAGUUCGCAGAAACGGCAGGCAUUGUUGGUGAAACUGAGGUGCCUUGAAAUCGUACAGAAGCUGAAACGGAACUGGGCUGAAGCGAGAUCGACAUUGCCUUUGACAAACCUGCAUGCACAGUCAUUGUACCUUAUGUAGUGACGGCCGGAGCCAGAGUUGGAUGAGGGUUACCUGACCCCAUCGCGAGCGGUAGCUGCGGGCGAGCAAACACGAGGUGUACCCUGCCCCCGCCUGAGGAAAUCCGGGUCGGUCAAUCAAUCGUACAAAGAGUCAAAGAUAUCGUAUCUUCCCUCCUCAAUUCGACCCAACAUUGGAAUCUGAUGUGAGACGUUCAUGGCGAGUAACGCAGAGAGAUAAGCGCCGCUGGCACACUUCCGAGAUGCAAUUCAACGGCCCGGUUACCAUCACCAACGGACAGCCCAGAACAGAGGUUCCAGUUGCUGUGUGAGACAGCAACGUGGGGAAAUCUGGGCCCUCGGUCGAGGCGUGAACGGCGCGGAACAGGGGCCACGGUGCGUUAAGUGGCCAGCCCCUGUGCAUUUUCAGCCCAGCCUUACCGCAAUGAGCAUCCAGCCUUGGCUUGCAGGUGCCUUGUUGUCGCAGAUGAAAGCACCCAACCCUUUGCCGCCGGUUUGGAUUGCGCUUUUCGGUUUCUGUCGACUCCUCAUCGCCAUUCUUCAUUCUGUUGACCUGCUUUGGUUCACUGGUUCACCAGGACGGCCAGUUCAUCAAUAACGUCAACGUCCGCCUCACCCAAGACUUCCUCCGCUUUGGUCUGGGGUAACGCCGAUUCCCCGCAUCAAGAGCCAAGCCAUUGUUGACGAAUCCGCCUUGUGGGAGCUGAGCUGAGAGCGAACCAUCCGCUAGGCACGAGCUUUUUGGAUCGGAGAGACGCAACUUCGGGAACGAGUACAAUGCGGAGCACCCUUUGCAUCUCGUAGCAAGGCAUAAUCGACGACGUUUCUUUUUGGAUAUUCUGCUGUACCGUGUAUCACUGUUGGGCUCACUCGGUUCGCUUGGAGACUGAAAAAAUAGUGGAGGAUGCCUCCGCAGCUUCGAAUACCGAUCUUUGUAACGCUGCCAGUCGGUCAAGAUGAAUCUCGCAGAUUGCUUUCUCGGAAAACCAGGGAGCAGCCUUCCAAAGAAGCACAGAUCGUAGGCGCUGUUCUCGGUGGCAUCUUUGCCCUCAUCAUCAUAUACUUCUGCACCCGGUCCCUCUGGAGAAAAUGCCUUGGACCUCGAGGCGGGAAGUACAAACCAACAGAGCGAGAGGACGACUCUCCGACAACUCGACAGAUCAAUAGAGAGGCCCAGGAUAACCUGGAGGACGCAUUGGCUGGCGCACAAGCACAGAAUGGCACCACCAACAACAACUUGGCGGCGGUCGAUCGGUCCACAUCAGUUCGCAGCGUUAUGACAUUGCCAGUGUACCGACCCAAAGCGACAGAAAACGAGCAGGUUCUGGGCAGGGAGGGCGAGCGCGAUGGUAUUGAUGUUGUCGUCGAGAUGCCGACGGCCGAGCAAGAGGAGGAGUUGCGCGAACAGGAAAUGGAAGCUCUCUAUCAGAUUCGGGCGGCAAGACGUCGACAACUAGCCGAUCGCGAGGAGAGGCGGCGGUUACGACGGGAAGCGCGCGAGGCGAACGAUGUGGUAGCUAUGCGGGAGUUGAGGGAACGGGGUCGAAGCGUGGCGGCGAUAAACACGGUGGAAAUUGAGGAGCUGAGGAACGAGCACGAGCGGUUGAAGGAAACGAGAGCGCGAGCGGUGAGUACUGUCGCGUAUGGCGACUUGGGAGUUGCAAGGGCAGAUGGGACUAGGAUCCGGGCGAAUAGUACCGACAGCGAACGGAUUGGUCUUCUCAGCGAUGCCGCGAGUAUCGGGGCGUCCACCCAACCAGAGAGCCUCCUGCUGAGGCGUGACAGGAGUCACAGUGCUGCGACUCUCAGUAUCGACACGACGAACCGCCCAAACACACCGAGCUUGACGACAGGAGGAAGCGCCUACAGCUUAAAUAGCGCAGGAUUAACCAGCGCCGGGUUACCAAGUGCUGGUUUGCCAAGCGCAGGAUUAUCAACCCGGUCGAGAGCAAACUCUGGAGCAAACACACCACGGGUACCGAGCGCAAUGGCCACCCCAAGAGCUGGGUCGAGUCCCGAGAUGAUCGAUACCGCAGACCUGGCCGACUUUGGAAUGCCACCGCCCGACUAUGACGAAGUGAGCUUGGAUGACAUCACGCCUGGGCACUCACGUCGCAAUUCUGGGGUAUCAGCCUUAUCGGGCAGGAACAGCCCCUUCAACGAGCCACCCCCAGACUAUCCAGGCCCCGGACCAGCCAGGGCACGCAGCAACCGACUGUCGGCAGCCAUUCAGGACCUCGCCGCACAGGCUCAGGAAGACCAAGAGCCUACAGGUCGGCCAGGGUUGAGACUGAGCCAGGUGCCCCAGAUCGUUAUUGAACCGUCGAGCGCGAGACCAUGA